CUCGACCAAUAGGAUCCGCUUUGAGUUCAGCCGUAAUAGCGCGCCGCGGAGCAGCAGCAGAAGCCUCACAGCUCCGUGGAGGUCUUUCUUUGGAUCUGACUGGCCAAUGUUUGCCCAUUUAUAUCUCGUCGGGCUGCUUUGGUUCGGAAUAAUUCUGACCGGGACGGGAGGAUUGUGGCGCGAUGUCGGCUCUGAGGGAGAAGCAGUGUUACGGACUGUCCAGCGGUAAACUAGACCUCGGCGGCAACGUCUCUGUUUUCCACGUAAAACUCACUGACAGCGCGGCAAGAGCCAUUGGUACCUUUCAAAACGGCAAGAGCUGGUCUUCCCGUCCUACCAUCACCUUCAGUGGAAAUCAAGGGAGAAUCGCCGUACCUUGCUCAGAAAAUGGAAAUGAAGCGAGGAUCUUCACCUUCGGAGUGACUAACGUCGCUCGAAACAGUCCGCACGGAAGCUUCGACUGCGUCAAGCAGCACGACGCGGGUGCUGCCGAGGAGCUGACAUGUCUCGGAGUGAUUCAGAAGAAGAUGACAGUCAACGCCACAGAUGACUCGUAUGAUAAGGCUCGCCAGAGCAUGACCCAGGCCGAGGAGGAGACGCGCAGCAGAGGGGCCAUCGUCAUCAAGAACGGCGCACGCUACCAGGGCAAGAAGGUGACGGUGCGAGCUCCGGCUCCGGCGCUGGCCAAGCUGACCAAGCCCAAGCACUCGUCUCACUCCCUCCUCAACAACAUCAAGAAGGGGGCCAGCCUGCCAAGGCAGAGGAAGGGUCCCUGUCCAGUGAGUAGGAAAAGUGUCGGUGACGUUGGGGAGCGGCCCCUCAGGGAGAGAGUGAUGCACCUGCUGGCUCUGAGGCCGUACAAGAGGCCCGAGCUGAUCCUGAGGCUGCAGAAAGACGGGAUGGCAGACGGAGACAAGGACGUGCUGGACGCCGUGAUGAUGGAGGUGGGACAGCUCAGUAACAGAGACGGCACGUUCGUCCUGAAGGACGGCCUGUACAAGGAGCUGCAGAAGGACUGGCCAGGCUACACCUCAGGGGACCAGCAGCUGCUUAAACGGAUCCUCGUCAGGAGACUUUUCCAGCCACAGCAGAACCUCCUCACUGUCCCCGAGGCCCAGGUCAGCCCUCUUCGAGAGACCCCCAACUCAUCACCCGCACACCGCCCAAAACACUCCCUCCUCGAUGAAUACGCCGAUCCUCUGGCCAGCAAGAAGCCCAGAAUAUCUCACCUGACGAGCAAAUCACCAAGCGAGAAUUUCAGACUGAGGUCUUCUAAACAGGAGGCUCAGAAAGGCGCCGAAGCUGCAGCAGCAGAGGACGGGCGAAAUAACUCGCUUGACCCCAAAAGACUUUUUGACUCGCUAUCAGCAGUUUGUCAGCAGGAAGCAGAAGUGGCUAAAAGACUGGAGCAGACGGAUGCUCGUCAAGAGGAACCUAGAGACCCAGAGGAGCAACAGAAACCCAAGUCGGAUCGCCCCCCUCCGCCUCUGAUGGUGCCCGACCUGAGCAGACACACGGUCAAAAAGAAGAAGAGCAAACACAAGCGCAAAGAUCAUAAGGAGAAAGAAGAAUGGAGAGACAAGAAGCAUAGGAGAAAAGACAAAGAUUGCAGUUCAGAUUAUUCAAAUAACGAUGCUCCUUUGCAACGCACAGAGACGAGUAAGCUAAUGUUUGACUCCAACGUACCUCAAGUUGACACUGACUCAGCAGACUAUUUAUCGAAGUACACGGCCAUUUCCAGCCACAGCCAGAGACAGAGCUAUAAGCUGGACUUCAAUAAGGAGUACAGCGAGUACAGAGACUUGCACGCUCGCAUCGACAGCGUCACGCAGCAGUUCAUGGACCUGGACACUCAGCUCAAGCAACUUCACCACGAGUCGCAUAAAUACAAAACGGUUCGGAAUAAAAUCCUACAAGAGUACCGGAAAAUUAAAAAAUCCAAUCCCAACUACAAUCAGGACAAAGUUCGCUGUGAAUAUCUACACAACAAGCUGGCCCACAUCAAGAAGCUCAUAUCAGACUUCGAUCAGCAGCAGAUCACAGUGGAUCACUCCGGCCCCAAAUGAAGCUCCCGGCUGGGGAGGGUACGAGGAGAAACGUCCCGAGGCUGCUGAGCUCAGCGCCAUCAACCUGCAGCCGACGUGGCUGGAGCAACCUGCUGUAAACAUCAAGCAGUGUUCAGACUAAAGAAAAGUGGCUUAUUUUCUUAGAAAGCGAGGAGCUCUGCACCGACGUGGUGCAGACACGAGAAGUCGCUGCAGUUCUGUUCAGGCGGUUCAAACUGGAAACGGGCGAUGAGAUGAGCUGCUGACCCUGAAAGCAUUUAGCAGGUCCUCAUCUCUCGUUACACUUUGGUUGUGAAGGAUGGCUUGUAUGUUCUGGUUGCCAGGUUGGUGUUCAAGUUUUAACCUGAGAAAACUGCAUGCUGUACAUAUCCAGAAAGUCCGCAUGAUUUGUCAGGUGAGGGUUAUUUUUUUCUCUUAGUGACGGCAGCUAGGACAAUACAAAGGCCUGACCUUCAGUGUUAUUUAAGCUGGCUGAGCUCUUCAUCUGUGUUAGCUGUUCAUCAGUUUGGAUAAAAUCAUUUAAAAAUUCACUUCUACCCAGGACUCAUUGCUCAUCAACUGCGUAAUCAGGGAAUGUACUCUUGACAUUCGCUGCAAGUGUAAAUUACAAAUGGUUGAAACUAAUGUACAGAGCCGUCCAUACUGUAAGCUGAGAUGACUUAAAACACUGAAAUGUGAAAAUAAUGCAUGUUGUGUACUUUACAGACCGCAUGAUGAGUAAAACUAAAGGUAUUGUCAAGGUUUCUAAUAAAUAAUUUUGUAUAGAUUC